AUGGAGCGGGGCGGGCGAUGCGGGGUGACCGGGACUGCGCUCCUCCUGAGCGCUUUGCUGCUGCUGGCAGGAGCCCAGUACGAGAAGUACAGUUUCCGAAGUUUCCCGGAGAGUGAGCUGAUACCCCUGGACUCUGCUUACCGCUACUCCGUGGGACAGUACGUGGCUGAGAACUGGAGAGAGAGUAUCAGGUACCUGGAGCUCAGCCUCCGUGUCCACCGGCUGCUGAGGGAAAGUCAGCUUCACUGUAACAGUAACUGCAGCCUGACUCAGGCCGAGCGGCAAACUCAACUUCCCGGGAACUUGACGGAGCUCAAAACGUUUUCCCAGAUCCUGCAUCGCGCCGCCUGUAUCAGGAGAUGUAAACAGUCCCUUCCCGUGUUCAGACUCGCCUCCCCCCAAAGAGAGACCCUUCAACAGUUCGAAACCCGGAUUCCCUACAAAUACUUGGAGAAUGCUUACUUCCAGGUUAAUAACCUGGAGAAAUCAAUUACUGCCGCUCACACAUUCCUGCAAAGGAAUCCCAAAGAUGCUGCAAUGCAGAAGAAGAUGGCUUAUUAUAAAACCAUCCCCGACAUCGAGACUUACCUUGUUGAUGUGGAAGCUCGAGAACAUGAGACACUGUUCCUGAAGGCUGUGAAGGCUUAUAACAUUGGGAACUUCCGCAAGAGUAUAACUGACAUGGAACAUGCACUACCUGAAUAUUACAAAGUGUAUCAGGAAUGUAUCAGCGGCUGUGAAGAAUUAUGCGAUGUGACCGAGUUCAAGGACUUUUACCUAGCAGUGGCAGAUCAUUACGUGGAAACACUGAAAUGCAAAGUGAAAUGUGAGCAGCUUCUAACACCCAAUGUCGGAGGAUUUUUCGUGGAGAAGUUUGUUGCAACCAUGUACCAUUACUUACAGUUUGCGUAUUACAAAUUGAACGAUAUUAAGAAUGCAGUGUCCUGUGUAGCUACCUACAUGCUCUUUGAUCCACAAGAUGAAAUCAUGCAGCAGAACCUGGUGUAUUAUCGAUUUUAUCGAGAAAAGUGGGGUUUACAGGAAGAAGAUUUCCAGCCUCGCACUGAUGCUCACCUGUACUAUGACCAGACCCAGCUACAGAUUCAGUUACUGGAAUUUGCAGACAACUUUUUGCAGUCAGAUGACGAAAUGGAAGUGUUGGAUGAGGCACCUUCCCACAGUGAGGCGGAAAUAACUGAUGAAGAAUUCGAGGGGGAAGGGGAUUAUGAGGAAAGUAUUCUUGCGGAUUGGUGGCAGGAACCAAGUAAAAAAGGAGAUUUGGACGACGCACCUAAUUAGACUUAGACUGGACCAUGUGCCUGAUACCGGAGUCACAGUGUGUGUGCGUGUGGCUACCAAGUUCAGUGUGAUGACCAAAGAUUAUGAGUUCAGAGAGAAACUUGUGUGUUUUAACAUGUCUGCAAUUUUUUACACUGGGCAGGGAGGGAUAGGAUAUGUAUAUGUGAGAGGUUGCACAAGUACUGGAGGUGCUUGAAGUUGAAAGAAAAUGUUUUGAGAUGUUACUGGUAUUGUUGUUCCUUGAAAAGCCUUAAUCAUUACUUCCCCCCCUGAUCAGGAAACAAGCUUCAUAAGAAGAACAGAUAAGUGAUCCCAAGAUGCAACUAUCAUUUAUCCCAAAUUACAUUUCCUAAAUUUUGGAACCAUCAUGACUCACCUUAUAUUCAUCCACAAUUGACCUCACUUUCCAAAGUUCUUUACAGUUUUUAAAACUAUAUUUAAUUCCUUUCUGUGGAGGUCACAUCAUGUCACACACAGUUUGCUGUGACAGAUCUUAGCUUGUUGGAUCUCUGCUCUAUCCCACUGUCUACACUGAGGCCAGUGACUGAGUGUGGAUGGGAUAGGUUUGCAUAGCUGAGCGUGCACUCGGUUAGAUGCAGAUUGUUGUGUGAGCCUCUGCCUACUCUGAGACAAACUCUAACAGGUCAGAAAAUUAUGGCAGCUCUUAAAUCUGAGCUUUGGAUGUUAGGGGUAUCUGGUCUUCCAUAGUCUCUCAAGGGGUAUGGUGGUGUUGUAGUUACGUUCCUGGAGCUGGAGGACUCGACUAAUAAUCCAGAGAAUCUGUGUUCCAAUUCCAGCAUUGCAGUUUCAGAAUUUGAAUUCAGCCUUAAAAAUCAUUAACUAAAAAGCUGGAACCAAUAACCGUGACCAUAAAGCUGUGGAUUGAAUUCCAACUGGUUCAUUAAUAGCCUUUUGAGGGAGGAAAUCUCCCACCCUAACUCAAUCUGGGCCUGCAGAUGGCUCCAAUCCCAUGCUGAUGUUGAUGACUCAUAACUGCCCUAUGAAAUGUCCCAGCAAAGCUCUUUUGCAUCACUAACUAGGGAUGGAUAGUAAAUGCUGGCCAGGCCAGCAAUGCCGCAUCCUGAGAUUUUAAUUAAAAGGUCUCCAAGUGAGUCAGGAUGCAGGGACUGAUCCAAAUUCAAACUGGCUUCAAGGAGCUGAGUAUUAAUCAACCUCAUUGUCCACCCAGUUAUUGUUUUAAUGUAUAGGGAAUUCAAGGAAUAGAAUAAAAUAAAAACAGAAAGUGCUGGAAAUACUCAGCAAGCCCGGCUGCACCUGUGGAGAGAGAAAGGCAGGCUUGGGUUUUCACUCCUGGGUCGGACUCACAGAGUUGGGAUGUUUCCCGGGUCCGUGAACCUGACCUGGGAAAAAGAUGCCCAGAAGGUGGGAUUUCCAUUCCAGGGAGGCGGGUUGGAUUAGAAGUUGGGCCUGCUACCUGUAAAAUGAGUUUGGAGGCUGGCUGGGCAGAAGGCCUGCCUUGGUGCCUUGGCACUUUGUUUUAUUCAUCUUUUAAAAUAACCUCAACAGAAAACAGCCCUCACCCCUCACUCCCACAACACUUCUCAUACUCUAUCCAUGCCACCCUAUACUCCUCUAACCACCCCCCAUGGCACCAUCAUAUCCCUUAUGCCAUCAUCUACUCCUCACUCAUCCCCAUAGCCCUUUAUAGUCCCUAUGCCAGCUUAGUGCUAACUCAUGUCCCCCACCCACCACCCUUUUGCCCUUAUACCCCCUCCAUGACAACUCACCUAGUAUCCACCAUGGGAAUCCUCAGGAACCAUGCUGAUAUAAGAUAAAGUUAUGUGUCUAGUGAUGAUCUCUCUAUUUUAAAAAACACUCAUUGAUUAAAAAACAUUCAAUAUAUUGAAAUUCCUUUAACUAAUCUCUUAUGAAAACAAAUAUUUCUAUUCUGUAACCACUUGGAGCUAUCAAUCAAACUGCUUACUUAGCAGGCACCCCUAAUGUUAGGUUGUAAAAUCAGUCAUGCAGCACAGAUCCUAUAAUGAUAACCCACAGGCUUAACCCAACAAACAGAGUGAAAUAGUUCCACAUUUAAAAAAAAAUAAAGCCCAACAGAGUUAAAUCCCUUGACAGCUUUGGCAGUUCCAUUAAGUUUUGGCAGUUCCAAUGAGCUUUGACAGUUUUUUCAGUUCUUUAACAGCGUGACAGUUCUUUGACAACUUUGACUGUUCCAAUGAAUUUAUGCACUUUUUACACACGGACAUGUCUACUUUUAACAAUCCCAAAGGGCACAUGGCCUCUCCCAAUGGGUGCCUUAUCUCUGCCAAAGGUGUCUUAGGACCAUAUCCAAAGGGAUACCUUACCUCUCCAAAAGGGUACCCUGGCUGUCUAAACAAAUCCACAAGGUUCAGAACUGUUCCUAGGUGAUCUAAUCUGCACACUUUUGGGUUUCAGACACCUACCUCACCAAAAUCACACCUGAGUGGAGGCAGCUGCUGAUUUAUAUUGGCAGCUGCCUCCAUGAACCACGGAUGUGCAAUUUGGAACCCACCCCUAUCCACCAUCAGCAGAGGCCUGGUUCAGGUAUGGGACUUCUCAAUUCAUGUCUCUGCUGGCAUUUUCACAGAGAGCCUUUCCGUCUGUGUGAAAAUUCAGGCCACGGUUAAUGUCGAAUAUGACUUCUCUUCAGUUCAAGGAGCUCGAAAUGUUAACUCUGUUCUUCUCUCUCCACAGAUGCUGCCAGACCUGCUGAGUAUUUCCAGCACUUUCUGUUUUUAUUUCAGGUUUCCAGCAUCUGCAAUAUUUUAUUUAAGGGAUAAAUUAACACUUGUACAGAAUUCUUUCUGAUGCAGCUUUGUACCCAGACUGUUGCUGUAAUAAACUAUGUAAAUCUUGCACCCACAGAAUUCUGUAACAAAGAACGUGGCCAUUUGGCCCAUUGUGCCUUUAUCACUCUUUGAGAUGGCUAUUCAUUUAAUCCUAUGCCCUUGCUCCUGCCCCAUAGCACUGCACGUGUUUUCUUAUUCAAACAUUUAUCCAAUUCCCUUUUGUAUUUGUGUCUUCAGAGAGAGGUGCAAGCUGAGGACCUUGACCAGUGUCAACAGGAGUAGGGGUGUGGGUGGGGGUCCGAGCUGAUGUACAACAAAAUGACCUUUCACAAGAUAACAAACGUGUUGAGUUUGCAAUUAUUGGUGUUUGGUGAGUUUGGAAAAAGUUCCUUUGAACUACCCAGACCUGAAUGGAUUUCCUAGACUCUAUUUCUCUGACAUGUGAGUGAGGGAUCCCUACACAUGUCUUAUGGGAAACAAACAAGAUUGGAUAGUUUCUGACUGAGAAUAAAACGUUUUCCUCAAUGCUAAUGUUUUUAUAUUUAAUGAAUGAAAAAUCUUGAAAGGAAAUAGGGGGGGGAAUACUUUUCUCAAUGGCCCAAUGAUUUUCCUCCUGGGUUUUUGUUUGCAGCAGUGACCGAGGGAAAAAUCUUCAUUUGUGGAGAUUUGGCAGCUCCGACUAGGGUAGAGUCAGACUGAAAGGAGCCGUUAGUGAUGUGAGAUUAAGUUGUGUGGAAUGACAGAUUCUCUCACACCUUGUCAGUCUUUUUAUGCCGUUUGCUGCAGAGUGUAUAUUAAUUUAAUUAAAGUCAGAUUUUGUAUUUUAAAA